AUGGCUGCAUGUGAUGUCGGGGUCAGCAAGUGUGUCGGCACCAGCGUCAACGUUAGUUCUGCCUCUAUAGCCAUAUCCAACUCAAGACUACCGCCAAUCACCGUGACAGCACCUAUUGCGGCAGGUCCUGCGGCUGUAUCUUUCGAGAUGGCGACUAGGAGUGGAGACGACCUCACAUCUUGCCUCGGCAACGCGAACACUGGCUUGGCCCUUGCCACAUCCGAGAUGGCUGUCUUUCCUCUGAACUCUACCCUACCUUCUAUUUCCGCUGUAUCACAUGUGCCCUCGCAACUUGCCUCGGCAACCAGCACGAGUUCUGUAGACUCGGUAGUGGCCAGCAUUCGAUCCAGGGAAUAUUUGGUUAACAGUGGAGCUGGUUUGGGUGCGAAUGGCUCUACUGCCCCUGACGGGAGAUGUGGCAGUGGUUCUAGCAUUAUUGGGGAAUUUUCUCAGGCCUACAGCUCCACCGGGCCAAAGCGGGACAAGAAAUGUGCCUUCUGCGGCAUCGCCUUCUCCAGUCUGGACACACUGACUGCACACAUGACGCAUUACUGCUCAUCUCGACGCUUUCCGACCAACGGACUAGCAUUACUCACCGGGGCUUCGGGAAAAACGGCUCUGUCUUCUGGGCAGUCUGGAAAAGGGACUCACAAUCAACCGAUCUCGGGAGUCACGACGACCAGUUUGCAGACAUUGGCUCAGCUGGCUCCACAGUCUCCAAGCCAGUUGCACCCUGUACCUCCCCUGACUACAGCACAGCCCCUUGUCGGCAUCUUGCGACAGCAACACCAGCAAAUGGACCUGGAAGAGGUGAGCAGCAAACUGGCGGGCUUGCAGAAGCAGGUAUCUGCAGAUCAGACGUUGUCAGCUUUUGGUCCGAAUCGAUUGGAGCUGGGAGAACCAACCUGUUGUGACCGAACCUCCACAUCUUCGAAUUCAGCAAAUGGUUAG